AUGUUAUCCGUUCUAUUCAUGAGCCAAAAUAUUUCGAGUCGAUUUCAACUGCAGUUCCCAUCGCUGGACAAUUGCUACUGUAAAUAUUCGUAUGUGUAUGGGAAUGACUGGGAGCAAGUGAGUGGUAUGAGCGAAGGUUUGAGUGCGAGGUGUACGAGGACGUCGUGUCGAGACUCAAUCGUGAUCGGUCUUCCUAUUGAGGCUACAUUCACGUCGACAAAUCCAUUCAGAUCUAACAAAUCUCAAUUGAUGCUAAAUAUCACAAAUGGUAGAUGUGUUCGACGGAUUGCGAUGUUCGUGCCGGAGUCUAGUACACCGCUGCAGAAAUUCAUCGGUUGGAUCACCGGGAAACGAGCUGAAUUCAUCGAUCCACGAAUUGUGGCUUCGUCAGAUGGACGACACGGUAAGUGA